AGACUGAUGCGCAUUGAUGCGCAUCAAUUUGAAACCACUCUAGUGUGAAGACGAUUAAUGCGCAUUACUUCUGCCAGUGUGAAAAGGCCUUAAUACAGCAACACACUCAUGAUAGCGACCUGCACAUUUGUAUUUGAAAUUUUCAUGGAAAUCAUGAAUUUCAUGUGACCGCUGGCCUGCGGCAUAACAAGUGACUUCUCAUGUACAGUGAGUUUCAGCCUUUAUCCUUCUUUUGCAAUCAGUGAUGUCAAGCAGUAGAUUUAAGACUGAGUAAGAGCUUCUCUUAUGGCUUAUCAGUUCAAAAGAUUGCAUGCUAUUAUACCGGCGUCAAGGUUUAUAUAGGCUUACUACCUGAAGGCAUUCUUGGCUUUAUUCUUCAUGCACCAUUUAUUAUCACUCAGGCAAGCUCUAGAAGCCACGAAGGCCUCUUGUUUCAUGUUUCCCUAUGUAGCUACACUGUAUCUUGCCAUCCAAAUCAUGAGUGUGGGUGAAUACCGUAAUGCAAUAAUUACUUGCAGAAGUUGAUGCAAUGUGUGAUGAAAGACAGUGCUAAUCAGUUGAAUGUCGUAACGAAUGCCAGUGCUAAUGAGUUAAAAUGUCAUAAUGAUCUUACUUUAUUACUUAUUUCACCAAACAUGUCAUAGUCCUACCAAGUAUGGUACAUAGGUGCAGUUCAGUCAUUAAUUUGAAUCCAUGCUAUGUCGAGUUUAAAUUUCACGAUAUUUAAGCAUUAUGAAUAAUUAUAGAAAAUUAGAAAUGCAAGUCAAUCAAACGUUUGGGUGUUUAAUUUCAUCUUUGGAAAUUUUCCAUGCCGCCUACUUUGUUUAGUAUAGGCUUUUGCUUGUUCUCAUUAUUAUUGUAAUUGUGUGAAUUUCAGUAUUAUUACAUUUAUUAGUUAUCAUUGGUAGUAGUAGUAGUAUAAUAGUGUAGCCAACUAGUAGUAUAGCGGUAGUAGUAUUAUAGGUCUGAAUUGUGUUAUAGCAUAGCAUUGCUAUAAUGCCUAUGCUUAUUAUUUCUUGUCAGCAAAGUCAUCAAUUAGACUGAUUAAGACUGAUGUUAAGUGGUCUGCCUCUCGCAGUUCAGUAAACUGCAAGAGGCAGACCUGCCUGACUGUUAUAAGUGUGCUCUUUUCAUUUUCCCUGGAGAGAUUUUAUUACAAAUUCAAUAUUGAUUGCAAUAUACAAGUCAAGCUCUCCUCAUUUGGUCACAGCAUAGGGUAUUUCAUGCAAAGUCAGUGACUCCUGUAUAACCGUGUUGCAGAAUGUUGCUGCAGUAUUGCAAUAAUGUGAUGAAAGACAGUGCUAACUGAAGUUUGAUGAAGGACACCAGGGGUGUCGUUAGGGGGAUGAUGCAUAUGGGUGCAUUCAUUGUAUUGGCACAAGAUGCACCCAUUAACUAAGCCAAUCUGUCAACUUAUAAGAUAAUGGCAUUAUGCUAGAGUGGUAAAAAUGGGAGAAACCCAUAUCACAAAAAGGGAAAUGAAGAAAAGAAACACAAACAAAAAGUAGAACUUGAACACAAGACAAAAGAGAGAUGGGAGAAAUUUAAAGUUAAAUCAUCCUGUCCACAGAGGGCAGGACAGGUAGAAAAUGAUUCAGCAUUAAAACACCAGUGUCACAGAUUACAGAGAGAGGAACAAGUUAUCUUUUAAAAAUCACAAUAACUGAUACAACACCACUAGACAUUCAAAUAAGUAGCUAAUAACAACAUCAACAACUAAUCUUAUUGGCCAUAUCCCAUUGUUACAGUAAUAAACAAAUUAAUAAUAAUUAUUAUUAUUAUAAUUACAUUAUAAUUACAUCUUUGCAACCAGAGUGUGACUGACAGCCUCUGAAGGAGAUGGCAGCAAUGACCAAAUUGUUACUAUUGUCAUUCCUCAUAGAAUCUUCAUUACAAACUUUUGAAAUAGAAAUAGCAGGCUCCCAAGUGAGUACUCCUUCAACAGUUAAAGUCAAGGAUCCUUAUAUUUUUUGUGGCUAUGAAAGCAUAAUUAGUGAUGGCUGCAAGCUGCAUGAUGGUGUAACUAAUGAAGGAUUGGCCUUUAAUUCUGAUCACUUUGUAGAAUGGAAAAGGCCUUUUCGGAUUAAAUUUCUCUCAGGGUUUACACGGCCUGUACCUAUAAAUGAUUUCUUGACUCGCAUUGAUGUAUACUACUACAGUAAUGCAUCCUUAGGAUAUGGAUUGUGUGGAGUGUCUAGUCUAAAAGUGUUUACUUCAGAUCCUCAUGUUGAUCCUACUCACUUGACCUUCAUUAAUAAUUAUAAAGUAUCCCAGUCUGAUAAUGGUACUAGGAUGCUUUCGAUGAUCAUACUCAAUUCAAAGCCACUUAUUGAGGGCAUAUAUUUCUUUGAUUUGAGGUUUUCUCUCUCUUCAUCAGAUCUUGCAACAAAAACUUCAAUUAGUGAAAUCAGACUCUUUUCAGACAAAGAACCUAUUCCUUUUUCUGCUGUUCCAAUUAUAUUCAAGUCUCCUAAUGAAACACUGCAGCUUGAUACAGUACAGUCAUCUCUUAACUUAUCCUGCACAGUUGUUAAUAAUGGAACCUUUAAUUGGACUUGGACUGGCCCUGGAGUUAAUAAUGGAGUGAUUAAAGUAGCAGAUACCACUAGGACCAGUAUAUUGAUGUUAUCAAGUAUCAGUGCUGCUAAUGCUGGGAACUAUACUUGCUCUGCCUCUUAUCUAGCAAUGGGUGAAUCAGCAUGGGGUACUAUAGAACCCAACACAAAUUCAAAAACCAUCAAUUUGAUAAUUUAUAGUAGUGUAUCAACACCAGCUAAUACUGUGAUCAUAGAAGAAGGGAAUGAUGCCACACUAUCAUGUCUUUUCACUGGAUACCUACCAAUUAAUUAUAAAAUUACUUGGAGUGGCUUGAUACCAUCUAAUGUUAUCAUUGCCAAUUAUGAAAACAUUAAAUUCAGGACUCAACAUGGCGGCCCUUCUACUAGUCCAGCUGUACAGAGUAUCUUCAAAAUAAAAUCAGCUAAAGUGGCUGACAGUGGUCUUUAUACUUGUAGUAUGAGUGGUACUACACUAAGGGAGACUAUAUUACUCAUGGUCGUCACACAGAAAACAAGUUGGCAAGUAGAGCUGGAAUGAACUAAAUGGCUCUCUUAAAAGAACUCAAACACUCCAUAUGACAUUAAUGUCAUCAUUAUCAAAAUUAGUUUGAACUAGGGCUAGGAUUUUAAAUAGCAUUUUUUUCUUCAUACA